AUGGUUUUCCUCUCCCCACUUAAACCAUUCUCAAGCAGAAUUCUUGCUUGGAAAUAGUAUUGUGUGUGUGAGAGAGAAAUAGGGAGAGAGGUGUUUUCUUUAUGUGGUUUGGUGAGAUUAUCCUGUGAUGUAGAGUCUCAGGCCUGCUCACUGUGUACACCAAAUGAGAGGUUAGGCAGACACACACACCCAAGAGGAAAUUGGAUGCUGAUUAAAGAUUGGUCUCAACAGCCAGGGGCUGUGACCUGGGAUUAUUGGAAAGAGGUGAACAGAGGUGUUCUAUCAGACAACGCCUCUCCAUCACAACAUCCUCUGGCGUGUAUGUGCGUGCGUAUGACCCUCUCCGGUCAGUGGUUACCUCUGUCGCUCCGCUCAUGUCAGUGGUCAUACAUAUUACAGUAGCUGUAUGAUGUCAGCAAACUCUAUAAAAUCAAGCCCCCGAAUCUAUCACCUUGAAUCAUAGCCCACCUGACCCGCCCAGUGUUCACCAAGCCCCUGCGAACCACCUGCAGAAGCCCCGCUAUAUCUCCAUCCCUUCUGGUUGUUUCAGCACCAUGGCCAGCAUUCUACUGCUUUUCCUCGCAGCCUCCUGCUGCGCAUUUCUCUGUCUCGCUGAUGACACCUCCUUGGAGUUUGAGACUCGUGCUCUAGAGUUCCCCCACAAAUCACAAGAAGAGAAGGAUCUGAUUGAAGCUUUACAAGAAGUUCUGGAGAAACUGAAGAACAAACAGAUGCCGUUAUCAGAAAAGAAGCUCGGUUGGCUGCCGUCGUGUGACGCGGGCGAGCAGUGCGCUGUUCGCAAAGGUGCGCGUGUCGGAACACUGUGCGGGUGUCCUCGUGGGACUACAUGCAACUUCUAUGUCCUCAAGUGUUUGUAAUAAGACAAGAGGAGAGAAAAUGAUAAACGGUGUAGGGAGGGGAGCAGAGAGAAGUAGGAGAGAGAGAGAGAACAGAAGCUUUUGCCUCAUUCAGUGGAGCACAUUUAAGAUGUGGAACGUUCAGACAGAAAUAUUGUAUGUUGAACAGAUGCGUCUCUGACAUGUAAAGUAAAUAGGAAUCAUGUCAGCUUUACUUUCAGUAUGUUGCCCUCUCCUGUCCUGAACGGGACCCUGGUGUGUAAUGGAGGGUUUGUUGUCUAACAUAAAGGCUGUAUCCCAAAUACUAAAUCUAUUCCCUAUAAUGCUCUAUUUUGGCCCGAGUCCUAUUUGUCAGUCCUAUGUUGCUUUGGUCAAAAGUAUUGCACUUUAUAGGGAAUAGGGUGUCAUUUAAGACACUACCCAACUUGUUCCUUUAUCUGUGCUCUCCGCUGUCUCGUCUAUUUUGACUAAAUACAAAGAAAUUCAAUGUGAUCAAUAAAGUCCUUGUUUAUAAGAUGAUUUACAGUUUUUUGUAUGCUUCAGUGCAAUUUGAAUAAGUAGGCCAUGUGGUACGUUUUCACUACUCUACAUCACAUGUACAAAACUUAAAACCCAU